ACUGAGAAUUGAGAUUACUAAAAACGUUAAUGUUUGGUCACUACAAAUAUUUAAUUUUAUUCGUAAUCACUAGAAUUAAGCGAACAAUACAAGUUUGGCCAUUCUCUGUUACCUUCCAUCAACCUCCGUUAACACGGUUAGUUUUUUUGCUGACGUGGCUAAUAGAAGUGCCUAAUCAGCUAACUUUAACAACAAAAAACAAAAAACCUAACCCACCACAUCAUUCAAACCAACCACAUAAGAUACCCAAUCCAACCCAACUCUUGAUCCGACCUGUCAUCUUCUCCCUCUAAUUAACCGAACUAGGAAAAAAUCCCUACCUCCCAAAUCAGAUUGCAAGCAUACGCAGGUCUUUUCCCCAAAAUCUACAUCUUCCUCUGGUUCUCAUUGCUUCCUCUCAAUCUUAUCCUUUCUCAUCCACUACCUAAGCCUUUACCUCCCUCUGCACUCCUCAAUUAUGAGACAAGUCGAGGGAUACAAACUUCGCCCGGCUCGUCACACUGGGAGAGGUUUUCAAUGGCAUAUUUGACUCCCCUUCUCCUCAUGCGGUGACUCAAUGGAAUCCGGCGAGAGAUUGGGAGGCAGUGAGAUACAGAGACUCUGCAGAGAGAUUGAGAGAUCCGACGACUCUGGCGAGGGCUCAUGGUCGUUGUCGCUUUGCAGAAGACGGGGACUUGAUGCCGGCGUCAGUGACAUUCACAUCCGGCUCAUCUUCAAUGGUGUCUAUCAUGUGCUUCAAGGUUUGGAGGAGUGGGUAGUCGAAUCCCACAGAUAGGAGAUUCAUUGCUUUUUUCCCCCCAGAUUGCUGCUAAGAUUGUUGCUUGGGUCUGAUCUAAAAUUCCUUGAUUAUGAGGAAUGGAUAGACAUGGGAGUAGUUUAUAUAGGGAUGAGUAGUUUAUAUAGGGAUGGAUAGACAUGGGAGUAGACAUGGAUAGACAUGGGAGUAGUCUAAACUUCCUUGAUUAUGAGGAAUGGAUAGACAUGGGAGUAGUUUAUAUAGGGAUGAGAACAAGAUGUUUGGGAAAUCUUUGGGAAUUUCUAGAUUGAAAAUUGGAAGGGCCCUCCUUAGUCCUUGCAAACCUUUGUAACCUUCAAGCAGAGGGAGUUCGAUUGGAGUUGGUGAGCAUGAAGAUGCUAGAAGAGAGGGAGAAGUAGAAGGCAAGGGUCGAGGAGGCGGAGGAGAAGGAUGAAAGAGGCAGAAGGGUGUUUUUUUUUGAAUUUGAGAAUAAGGGGGUUUUUCAAUCUGGUCAUACAGAGGAAGAAGAUGAAGGGUUGGGUUUGGGUAUCUUAUAUGGCAGGUUUAAUAGCGUGGCGGGUUGGGUUUAGAGUUUUUUCGUGUUUAAAAUUGGGUGACUUGACACUUCUAUUAGCCACGUCAGCGAAAAUUGACGCCGUUAACGGAGAGUGACCAAACUUGGACGGUUUAAAUAAUUUCAGUGACCACUAAUGGAAUUAAAAUUAAAUAUUUCUAGUGACCAAAUAUGAACGUUUUUAGUAAUCUCAGUGACAAAUCUUGCAAUUUACCCAAAAUAUAUAUUAAAGCAAGCUUGUAAACACCGGUUUCAACGGUUAGUUUGCUACUAAGAUUAAUUUAUUCCAUCCGUAGUCACUUAAAUUUGUUGAGCAUUCCAAAUUUGAUCACUAGUCGUUAGUCUCCGUUAAUUUUUAUUAAUGUGGCGGUCAAUUGGCAUAGUUGACCGCUAAAUAAGUGACGUGACAAUUAGAAAUAUUAAAAAUUAAUAUUUUAUAAUUUUCCCCUCAUUAUAAUAAUAAAUUAUUUUUUAUGGAUAUUAUAUCGCCAAAUUAAAGUAAAUAAAACAAAAAUAAUAUAACAACCAAAAUUGAAACCAACCUUUUUCGUUAUUCUUUCCAGAUCUCCAAAUCCAAAAUCAUCUUCCUUGCACGACCGAAAGUGAUUCCAUCGACCGCCACACUGUUGGCAAUGCAGGUGGUCGCAAGGAGAAUAUAGGUCACGCCCGUGGCGGUGCAAGUGCCAAUUCCCUCGUCGCCAGUUCUUUCAAUCCCUCGAGUUAAAUCGCCAACUUGAUCGGAUACGUCGUCGUCUCCAACGAUGAUACCACCAAAACCCUCGGUCGCCGGGACUUCAUAAUCGCGUGGUGCGGGAUCGUCACACGACUGGAAUGCAUUGUGGCUUUAAAAGGCUUUCGGAGAUCGUCAACCCAGCUCAGGACCCGACCGUCAGAGUAAUGAGACCCAUCUCUCGUGAGAUCGUCCAUAUCAGCUCCCACCUUGUAAUUAGCUAAAAUAGUGGUUUGAGUAUCUUAGUUAGGUUUGUUUCUUAAUUACUAUGGUUGUUUGGCUAGAUAACGAAUCAAAGCAAAGUAUACAUCUAGAGCUGUGGAUUUAAUAAUUGUAUUACUUUACUUACCCUUUUUAUUACACUCGGUCGCUAGUUAUUCUUGGCUAUCGAUUGGGAAUGUAUAGUUAGGUCGAGUCAAUUGGUUGGAUGACGCCUAAAGGCUGAGUUCUCCUCCUUCUCAUACAACCUAAUCCAAGGCAUAUAAAUACUUUUCUAGGGCUAGGGUUAAAGAACUUGGUAUGCACUGAUAGAAGGAUGUAGCGGGUUGGUACUCUGCCGACAAAGUCACACUCCUGACUUAGGUGAAACUCACUACGAGUGAGAAAGUAACGUAUGAUGAUACGUGAAAUAUGAUAUUUUUAACCCUCGUAUUAUGAUCAAAAGUGAGUUUAUUUCUCAUAUUUAUCGUCAUAAUACCUUGGAGUUGAUGUGAGAAUGCUAAAAGUGUGUUUGAGACUGCUUUUGUUAUCUUGAUAAGUCUUCGGUAACGUUUUGCAUAUAUUCAGGUCAAAGCAUGCUAAAUCCGCAGUUUGAAUCACUGAGUGACAUCGAGGCUCGACUGUUGCAGCUAGGGCUGGUAAACGGUUAUCCCGUUAAUGGUGUAACCGAUAACUGAAUUGGAACUGAUGCUUAACGGUUACACCGAUAUCCGAUUAUAUGGUAAAUGGUCGGUUCCUGGUAGACAAAUUUAGCUAAUAACUAAUCGAUGGUUAAACGAUUAUUAAUAGAUAGUUAAACGUUAAACGACUAAGCGAUUACGACAAUCCUCAUAGUAAGAGCCAAAAAUAAUAGACCUCCAUGAGCUGCAAACAUAGACAAAAAAUAAUGCGGUGUUUGAAGUCUUACAAGACCUCUUGCAUAUCUUAGUUGUAAUAGUGACUUAGACUCAAAUGAGAAUAGUUUAAAAGAAGAGUUUUAGAAGGAACAUAGUAGAAAGUCAGGCUUGCGCACAGUUGCUCGACAACAAUCAGUAACAUUAAGCUUACAUGUAAUUUGGUGGGGUUUACGAGUUGAGUAGUAGUUGUUAGGUCUCUUAUCGUUGAUUCAACGACAUAUUAUUGAAGUGCAAAUAACAAGUGUGAACACAUGCAUAUAACGUAUGACAGUCGUAUGCUAGCCUUUUCCAUAUAUAUAUAGUAUCAUGCCCAAACUCCGGUUAAUUCGUCCUUUAAAUAGUAAAACUCGAUAGGCGUACAAUGUAUGCCUGACGUACGCUAGCCUGAACCAUAUAUAUAUAUAUAUAUAUUUGAUCCAUUACUUUCAUUAUAUACAUAGAGGGAUAGUUCUAUCAUACACCAGACAAAACCUGGUGUAUGUCAUACACCAAGCAAUCCCCACAGUUCGCGUCUAUCUCAACGACUAGCAUAAAUGAGGUAAUUUACUUUUUGAUCUCAUAAAAAAGAACCCCCAUUAACCAUGGCCGUUGAGAUGGACGUGGACGGUGUAGAUUAUAGGUGCACGACAUGCCCCAAUAUAUAUAUGAUGUACGAUAGAAGUCACCAUACAUAGAGUUCAUAAACAUCUACUGUUAGUUGAUUAUUAACCAUGAUUCAUCAUUUCUCUAGUAACAUUACAAUUGAUCUCUAUAUGCUCUACUUGUUCGAAUGGUUCUCAACAAUGUGUAUCACACAUCACAAUAAACUAGAAUAAAAAGAAGUAUAUAUAUAUGGUGCCUUCUAUGGUACCCCGGGUAAAAUCUAGGGUACCGCAUACCUUGAGUAUGAAAAUACUAUCUAGAACUCGAAUUAGCAGGAUUUUUGAACCUGAUACUAUACCCUAACCCUUAAUGAGUGAACCCUAGGUCCUAAUUAUCUAAAUUAUAAACUAUAAACCCUAAGAUGGUGCAUUCAUUUUUGGCCUUUAUUUGGACGAAUCACAACCGUCGAUUAUUAUUCUAAUUAAAUUGAUCUUAGAGU